CGUAAGAGGCUUCAGCCAUCCUCAUUUUAAGACGCUUCUCUAAUCCUUUCCCCUUCCAGUCUGAAAUUAGCAUCCAUUCUUUCAGCAUUCGACACCAUGUAUCCCACCAGAGGAAGAACUAAACACUUGCUCUUUCUCUUGCCCAUUUCAAUCCUUGUCAUAACUCUACUCUCCUUUAAAAGACCUGCUAAAUUUAGCUCAAAAACCAUAGAAAUCCCACGAUUACACAUCCACAAACACAUCCAAAUUGCCCACUCAGCGUGUAAAGGCACACUAUACCCUGAACUUUGCGUCUCAACUCUUGUAUCUCUCCCAGAUCUCGCCUCUAAGUCCCUUCAAGAAUUUAUCUCUGCAACCUUAAACAAAACAAUGGACGAGGUUAGAGCCUCCUCCGCAGACUGCAAUGCCAUCAGAAACAAAAUGAAGCUAGGACCACUUGAAAAGGUAGCUCUCAAAGACUGUAUCGAGCUCUUCGAUGACACCAUUGCCGAGCUCAAAUCAGCCAUCUCUAACCUUGCCCUAAGAAAACCAACCUCAAAGCAUUACCACGACUUGCAAACUUUAUUAAGUGGUGCCAUGACGAACCAGUACACGUGCCUUGAUGGGUUUGCUCGUAGUAAAGGAAAAGUUAGGAAAGCAAUCAAGAAAGGCCUGUAUAACAUAUCUCACCAUGUAAGUAACUCCUUAGCCAUGCUCAAGAAAAUCCCUGGCGUUAACGCAUCUAAGUCCGAGGUUUUCCCUGAGUAUGGUAACGUAAAACAUGGGUUUCCAUCUUGGUUGUCAACCAAAGAUCGAAAGCUCUUGCAGGCUUCCGCCAAUGCAACCAAAUUUGAUUUAAUAGUAGCUAAAGACGGUACAGGAAACUUCACUACCAUUAGCGAAGCAGUGCGAGCAGCUCCAAACUCAAGCGAUACAAGGUUUGUGAUACAUAUAAAGGCCGGGGCAUAUUUUGAGAACGUGGAGGUGGAGAGAAAGAAGAAGAUGCUAGUGUUCAUUGGGGAUGGCAUUGGAAAGACUGUGGUCAAAGCAAACAGGAGUGUUGUUGAUGGAUGGACUACUUUCCGGUCAGCCACUGUCGCGGUGGUAGGAGACGGGUUCAUUGCCAAGGGCAUAACCUUCGAAAACUCAGCAGGGCCUAGUAAACACCAAGCAGUGGCCUUAAGAAGUGGCUCGGAUCUCUCUGCAUUUUAUCAAUGCAGCUUUGUUGGUUACCAAGACACCUUAUAUGUCCAUACGCUUCGACAAUUUUAUCGCGAGUGCGACAUAUAUGGCACGAUUGACUUCAUUUUUGGUAAUGCAGCUGUGGUAUUUCAAAACAGCAACUUGUAUGCUCGCAAACCAAAUUCAAACCAAAAAAACAUAUUCACUGCCCAAGGUAGAGAAGACCCUAACCAAAACACUGGAAUAUCAAUCCUCAACUGCAAGGUUGCUGCUGCUGCUGAUCUAAUUCCAGUUAAAUCAUCGUUCCAAACGUUUUUAGGACGGCCAUGGAAAGAAUACUCAAGGACAGUUUUUCUUCGAUCAUAUAUUGAUGAUCUGGUCGAUCCUGCUGGAUGGCUGGAAUGGAAUGCAUCGUUUGCAUUGAGUACCCUUUACUAUAGGGAGUACAUGAACAGAGGUCCAGGUUCAAAUACAAGUGCAAGGGUGACAUGGCCUGGUUACAGGAUCAUCACAAAUUCAACUGAGGCCAGUCAGUUUACAGUCGGGGCAUUUAUACAAGGAAAUACCUGGUUGAAUUCUACAGAUAUUCCAUACUUUCUCAAUUUGAAUUAAGGCAAUUGUUAAUUUUUGCUUUAUUCUUCUUUGAGCUGUAUGUUAGAAUUUGUGUAAAAUAAACACACUUAACAGGCACAUUUGAGGCCAAAUUUAAAGUGGAAUAUUUCAUUUA